UGCGGCCCCGCCCUAGAUUUCCUCACCCUCCUGGGUCUGUGCGGUCUCUUCGGACUCCACUUCCCGGCGGCGCCCGCGGCGGCGCAGGGCUUCGCGGGGGCACCCUCAGGCGGCGGCGGCGGCGGCGGCGGCGGCGGUGGCAGCCCGCGGCGGGGGCGGCCGACGCCUCCCUGGGCCUGCCGGGCCGCCGUCCCCACGAUGCCGCUGCUGGUUGACGGGCGGCGAGUGCAGCUGCCGCAGUCCGCCGGGGACCUCGUCCGAGCCCACCCGCUGCUGGAGGAAAGAGCCAGACUUCUCAGAGGUCAGUCUGUUCAACAAGUGGGACCCCAGGGCCUUCUGUAUGUUCAGCAAAGAGAGCUUGCAGUGACCUCCCCAAAGGAUGGCUCCAUCUCCAUUCUGGGUUCUGAUGAUGCCACCACUUGUCACAUUGUGGUCCUGAGGCACACAGGUAAUGGGGCUACCUGCUUGACACAUUGUGAUGGAACUGACACCAAAGCUGAGGUCCCCUUGAUCAUGAACUCCAUAAAGUCCUUUUCUGACCACGCUCAAUGUGGAAGGCUGGAAGUGCACCUCGUGGGCGGCUUCAGUGACGAUAGGCAGUUGUCACAAAAACUUACUCAUCAACUUCUUAGUGAAUUUGACAGACAAGAAGAUGACAUUCACUUAGUGACAUUGUGUGUGACAGAAUUAAAUGACCGGGAAGAAAACGAAAACCACUUUCCAAUCAUUUAUGGCAUUGCUGUCAACGUUAAAACUGCAGAGAUCUACAGAGCCUCCUUCCAAGAUCGCGGUCCGGAGGAGGAGCUGCGUGCUGCACGAGCUUUAACGGGAGGACCAAUGGUUAGUAUUUACGAUGCAAAGACAGAACAACUUCGUAUAGGACCGUAUUCCUGGGUGCCAUUUCCACAUGUGGAUUUCUGGUUGCAGCAAGAUGAUAAGCAAAUACUAGAGCCAUUGUUUUCCGGUCAUCUUUCCCAGAGGGAUACAAAGAAGAAACCUACCGUGCAUGAUGUGCUGGAUAUGGACUACUUUGGUUGCCCUGCAUCCUCUCCCCGCUCUUAGCAGCACUCCAAUGACUUUCUGGGAAAUCACCCCAAUCUCCUUUAUUGGACCACCGCUUUGGGCAGAGGAGACACCACCACCGGCUCCAGAGGUGGGCAAAUAACCUAAACUACAUUUCCCUGGCUACAGCGAUUGGUAUGAUAUUUUUCCUGGGGGCUUCUGACCCACUGGACACAAACUGGAAAAAAGGCUGGAGUUGCUGCAGCUACUUUGGACCAUAACAGGAAAGUCUAUCUAUACAUGGAGCCAACACAGAGGAUAUUAAACCAAGUGACUGAUGGUGGUGUUGGGGGGUGGGGGGGAGGGGAGAAUGACACACUGACUCCUGAUUGAUGUUGUGCCCGAAGCCAAUUCCUAACACUGUUUGUUGUUAGUUAUGUGAACCAAUAAUCUCUUCUCACUUAAGCCAAUUUGGGUUUUCUUGUUAUUUGCAACCCAAAGAGGUCUUAGUGAUAAAUGUCAUGACAAAGUGAGAGCACUGUGUGCAGGCCACUCAUGGAGCCAAUCCCACCUUCCACUCACCCCUCC